UUUCCGUUACAAUCCGGAGACUUUUGGUGUAUCUCGUAGCCAUUACUUUUGAACUUUCUUGGCAACUUCACAAGAUGAUGUUUCUUUAAGAGAAAAGUUGUGUGUUUAAUUUUGAGAAAUAACUGAAAAAUUAAUAGAUUAAAAUAGUCCCAUUUAAAAUGCCUUUUUUAAUGCGAAAGAAACUCCUAUGCAGUGCCUCUUGUUUUCCUGUAGGAAGCUGCGCAGGCCUUGAUUUAUGCGGAGAUGGCGGGAUCGAGCCUAGAACGUAUUCAGGAAAAAAUAAACGAGUACCUGGAAAGGGUUCAGGCUCUCCAUUCAGCAGUGCAGUCCAAGAAUGCUGAUCCUUUGAAAUCAAAACAUCAGCUGGACUUGGAGCGGGCCCACUUCCUUGUUACGCAAGCAUUUGAUGAAGAUGAAAAGGGAAACGUGGAAGAUGCCAUCGAGUUGUAUACAGAAGCUGUGGAUCUCUGUCUGAAAACCUCUUAUGAAACUGCUGAUAAAGCCCUGCAAAAUAAACUGAAGCAGUUGGCCCGACAGGCGCUAGAUAGAGCAGAAGCAUUGAGUGAGCCUCUGACAAAGCCGUUGUGCAAAGUCAAGCCAACGAAUAUUAAACCAAAGCACCCUCCAGUGAGAGCCCAUUUUCCACUAGGAACCAAUCCCUUCCUUGAAAGACCUCAGCCAUUUAUAAGUCCACAGUCGUGUGACGCACAAGGACAGAGAUACACUGCAGAAGAAAUAGAAGUGCUCAGGACAACAUCAAAAAUAAAUGGUAUAGAAUAUGUUCCUUUCAUGAGUGUUGACCUGAGAGAACGCUUUGCCUAUCCAAUGCCUUUCUGUGAUAGAUGGGGCAAGCUGCCAUUAUCACCUAAACAAAAAUCCACGUUUUCCAAAUGGGCACGGCCAGAAGACCUCACCAACAAUCCUACAAUGAUAUACACUGUGUCCAGUUUUAGCAUCAAGCAGACAAUCGUAUCAGAUUGCUCCUUUGUUGCAUCCCUGGCUAUCAGUGCAGCUUAUGAAAGACGAUUUAAUAAGAAGUUGAUUACCAGCAUAAUUUACCCUCAGAAUAAGGAUGGUGAACCAGAGUACAAUCCAUGUGGAAAGUAUAUGGUAAAACUUCAUCUCAACGGUGUCCCAAGAAAGGUAAUCAUUGAUGACCAGUUACCUGUUGAUCAUAAGGGAGAACUGCUCUGCUCAUAUUCCAAUAACAAAAGUGAACUCUGGGUUUCUCUCAUAGAAAAAGCGUACAUGAAAGUCAUGGGAGGAUAUGAUUUUCCAGGGUCCAACUCGAAUAUUGAUCUUCAUGCACUGACUGGGUGGAUACCAGAAAGAAUUGCUAUGCAUUCAGAUAGCCAGACUUUCAGUAAGGAUAAUUCUUUCAGAAUGCUUUAUCAAAGAUUUCACAAAGGAGAUGUCCUCAUCACGGCAUCAACUGGAAUGAUGACUGAAGCAGAAGGAGAGAAGUGGGGGCUGGUACCCACCCACGCAUAUGCUGUUCUGGACAUUAGAGAGUUCAAGGGACUGCGAUUUAUCCAGUUGAAAAAUCCGUGGAGUCAUUUGCGUUGGAAGGGAAGAUACAGUGAAAACGAUAUAAAAAACUGGACCCCAGAGUUGCAGAAGUCUUUAAACUUUGACCCCCGGACAGCUCAGAAGAUAGACAACGGAAUAUUUUGGAUUUCCUGGGAUGAUCUCUGCCAGUAUUACGAUGUGAUUUAUUUGAGUUGGAAUCCAGGUCUUUUUAAAGAAUCAACGUGUAUUCACAGCACCUGGGACGCCAAGCAGGGACCUGUGAAGGACGCCUACAGCCUGGCCAACAACCCUCAGUACAAGCUGGAGGUGCAGUGUCCACAGGGGGGUGCAGCAGUCUGGGUUCUGCUCAGCAGACACAUCACAGACAAGGAUGAUUUUGCAAAUAAUCGAGAAUUCAUCACAAUGGUUGUAUACAAGACUGAUGGGAAAAAAGUUUAUUACCCAGCUGGCCCACCUCCGUACAUUGAUGGAAUUCGAAUCAACAGCCCUCACUAUCUGACGAAGAUCAAGCUGACCACCCCUGGGACCCACACUUUUACACUGGUGGUUUCUCAGUAUGAGAAACAGAACACAAUCCACUACACGGUCCGUGUGUAUUCAGCAUGCAGCUUUACUUUUUCAAAGAUCCCUUCACCGUACACCUUAUCAAAACGGAUUAAUGGGAAGUGGAGUGGUCAGAGUGCUGGCGGAUGUGGAAAUUUCCAAGAGACUCACAAAAAUAACCCCGUCUAUCAGUUCCAUAUAGAAAAGACUGGGCCGUUACUGAUUGAGCUACGAGGACCAAGGCAAUACAGUGUUGGAUUUGAAGUUGUCACAGUUUCUCUGUUGGGAGACCCUGGUCCUCAUGGCUUUCAGAGGAAAUCUAGUGGUGACUACAGGUGUGGGUUUUGCUACCUGGAAUUAGAAAAUACACCUGCUGGGAUCUUCAAUAUCAUUCCCAGUACUUUUUUGCCUAAACAAGAAGGACCUUUUUUCUUGGACCUUAAUAGUACUGUCCCCAUCAAGACAACACAACUUCAGUGAUGGAGAAAUCCCAACAAGUACUAGCUUUUAUACGUACCAAACAACAGCCCUUCAAAUGAGGACACAAAUCUUCAGGACAGUAAGAGCAACAAUCAGAAUGGAAUUCAGUCUCUCAAAGCGUGUCACAGUGGAAUCUGGUGCUCAUCAGGGUGUUUGGUAAGAACUGUGCAUAGUCAGGAUUAGCUGAACCCCUAGAAGUACUGUUUACAUGUUUUGUGUAUAGAGCGAGUUGGCUUGCAUUUAGAGGCCGUCUGCAUAGGACGUGCGUCAACUAAGAGUGGACUCAGCGUGAGAUGCCUUUGCUAAGAGAGGAGAAAGGAGCUGGGGGAAAUGAGGGCGGGCUGGACUCUGAGGAGUGGCAGGCUAGCUCAGUGUCUGCACGCCGUCAGAUCUGCUCACCUCCACUCGACACCUCAGGCAACUAAUUACCCAGUGACUGGUCAUCCUAACUCAUUUUGACUUAUCAUUAUUGAUGAUUGUAAAUGUCUGUUGUUGCCCGGAUGUCAUGAAAGAAUAAAGCUUUAAGAAGCUCAUCGAGAAGAUGCUCAUGCUUGAGAAUGAAGGCUGCUGAGGUUAGACAGCUAGCGCCCACUGAAUCAUGUAGAGAGAACCAAGAUCCCAUUACUGUUGCUGUCUAUUUUUCAAAGCAGUCCUCUAGGCACUGAAGGCAUCACGGUCUAGCUUAUGGUCCUUUUAAAUUGCUCUAUGGCUCAGUGCUCUUGUGGCAACAGCACUUGGAAGAAGUAAUUGAGAAUUUGAUACAUGGUGAUUGGGUCGUAUAGCAUUCAGAUAAAGUGAACUGCUGGGAUACUGGUGUUGUGUCAGUUCUCCAUUUACAUAAAAAUCCCUCAGAAUCAAAUGACGGUCAAGAUUCUAAAGGUGUAAAAAUCAGUGUUGGGAUUUUUAUUGUCUCUACUUUAUAAUUAUUAAAACUUUUUAUUUUGUAUUUCUGCUGCCUUCAAUUGAAAUAAAAUGUUUAUACUUAUGGA